AGUUAAUACACUUUAUUCCAACAUGGUAUCAGAGUUGGUUGUUAUAGCUCCAAGCAAUCACUCCUUAUCUUCAAUUUUCUCUCUCCCACCAUUUUACCCUUCCCAAUUCUUCUCUCCAUCUUCAAUUUCGACCCUAGAGAUUUCCAGCGAUGAAGAAGCUGAAUCGUCAAUUACCUCACGUCAAUGACUCCUCCUCCAAUGGCGUCUUCUACAUCUGGAUUUAUCGCCGCCGUUCUGCUCAUCGUCAUCCUGAACCAAUCCGACGCCGUCUCUGCCGUCCAGAGGCGAGAGAUGGACUCGAUGUUGACAGCUCUGAGAAGCAACGGCUACGGUCUCUUCAACAACGCCAUUGUCACCUCCGACCUCUCGUACGAUCUCGUCGACGGCGGAGAAGCUGCUUUCACGGUCUUCGCCCCGACCGAUUCAUCUCUCUUUGCGCUGGACAUGGUGAAUUCGGUGUUCGAUUACACCGCCACUCUCCGCUGCCACGUCGUCCCCCAGCGCCUCUCUGUCCGCGGCCUCAACAGGCUCCGUCCUGGUUCAUCUCUCCGCACUCUCGCCGUCGACCAUGAUGUCCGCGUAGAGAGCCGUCGUUCUACACCGUCUGGUGACGUCAUAUCCGUUGACGGCGUAGACGUCGUUGCGCCAGGACUGUUCUAUGCCCGCAACAUCGCAGUUCAUGGCUUGAAGGGAUUUUCAACUGUAGAUCUCGUCGAGCUCAUGAUGAUGUACUGGUGCGACAGCCGGCAACGCCUUCUAGGAGUGAACCACCGGCGGUUACUCAAACGGAAUCUCAUUCGGAAUCCAAUCUCACCAUCGCCAAGUCCAAUGCCCCUGUCUCACAUCACUUCAAAAAGACAUCACUUCAAAAAAAAGUCGUCUCUGUCCACUAAUUUUCUGUUGAUAAUUCAUCAAUGGAUGACAAUUUGAGUGGAGAAAACUUCAAUUUGACUCCAUCUCGGUCUAUUGAUCUCUCCAAAUCAGGUUUCAUCACAGAUUGAAUAGAAUUCAGAACAUAUUCUUCAUUUUGAGUUUGCCAUCUCUAUUUCAUUUUCAUCACAGCUAAUCCAUAUUCAUCCUCUAUUCAUUGUGUUACUUCUCAGAUUGAAUAUCCAAAUUCAUUUUCAUUUUCACUUUUAUUCUCAUGAUUGGAAUGUUUAGUUUCAAUCAUUUUCUUUCACUUCUGUAAUUCAGAAGUUUCAUCAUUGUUCAAUUUCACUCAGUCGAGAGUUGUCUCUCAGCUUCAGAAUUAAGGGAUUUCUUGAGUUGCCAAGCCUGAAAUUAUGGAGAAAAUUCUCUCCACUGUUAUAUAGCUUGCAAACCUCAAAGUCGUAGUCAAUGAAGAAUUGAUUUGCAAUAUCAAACGGAUCAGAUUAAACAACCUAGGUACAAUUACUCAGCAAAUAAUAUCAAAUAGAUCUUCAAUGAGUUUCAAUGAUGAACACGGUUUAGACAAAUCUGUGAAACUGAUUUGGGAAUCAAAAUUAAGCUUCAAAAAUGAACAAUUAACCUUUUCACAACCAGAUUCUCAUCAAUUAAGGUGCAAAAGUCAAGGUUAAAGUCGUAUACCUUCAAAACCGAAACUAUGGAGGUUCGAGUGGCAGACCUCUGGGCGUGUGAUGCACACCGCACGAAACUCUACUCACUCUCUCUCUAUUUCCGGCGUGCGUGUAAUGAGACUUGCUGGGAGUCGCCGGCGAUGGUCGGUUUUGUCACCGGGGACCCCUUCUGGGUGUCUGCGUUUCUCGAUUCAUCUCUCUCGCUUAAAGGAUACGGGAAUGAAAUGGGAAAUAAUCC